AUGGAUACAAAAAGGAGAAGGAAGGGAAGAAGAAUAAGAACAAAGAUGAGAAAGAUAACAAGAAAAAGAAAGAGAAAGAUAAAGGAGAGAAAAGAGAAGAAGGGCAAAAGUAAAGAUGACAAGAAAAAGGGAAAAGAUGAACCAAAGGAACAAAUCAAGGAGAAGAAGAACAAGGAUGAACACAAAGAGAAGAAGAGCAAGAACAAGGAGGGUGAAGUACAAGAAAAUCAUUCCAAAGAUGUCGAAGAUGAAAAAAAGAAUUCCAAAGUUGAGAAGGGAAAGGAUAAAAAAUCAGCAAAGUUGGAGAAGAAAGAAAAAGACAAGGAAGAUAAUAAGAGGAAAAAAUCUGAGGGGAAGGACAAGACCAAUGACCUUGUGAAACUUAAGCAGAAGCUUGAGAAGAUGGAUGCUAAAAUAUCAGCCUUCCAAGAGAAAAAGAAGAUAUCAUGA